AUGUCCCAGACCAAAGCGCUGAAGGUCCGCGCCACCCUCUUCUGCAUCCUGGUGGGCAUCGUGCUGGCCAUGGUGGCCGUGGUGACCGACCACUGGGCUGUGCUGAGCCCUGAGGUGAAAAACCACAAUGCCACCUGUGAGGCGGCCCACUUCGGCCUCUGGCGGAUUUGCACCAAGCGCAUUGUCAUGACUGACAGCACGGACAAGACCUGCGGACCCAUCACCCUGCCUGGGGAGAAAAACUGUUCCUACUUCAGGCAUUUUAACCCAGGCGAGACCUCGGAGAUCUUCGAAGUCACUACUCAGAAAGAGUACAGCAUCUCGGCCGCCGCCAUCGCCGUCUUCAGCCUGGGCUUCAUCAUCAUGGGGACCACGUGCGCGCUGCUGUCCUUCCGGAAGAAGCGGGAUUACCUGCUGAGGCCCGCGUCCAUGUUCUACGCCUUCGCAGGCCUGUGCAUCUUCGUGUCGGUGGAGGUGACGCGGCAGUCGGUGAAGCGCAUGAUCGACAGCGAGCACACCGUGUGGAUCGAGUACUACUACUCCUGGUCCUUCGCCUGCGCCUGCUCCGCCUUCGUCCUCCUCUUCCUCGGCGGCCUGGCUCUCCUGCUCCUCUCCUUGCCUCGAAUGCCCCAGAACCCCUGGGAGUCAUGCAUGGACGCCGAGCCCGAGCACUAG